AUGAAAAUUGGCAACAUUAAAAAGAAUAAAAGUUUUACGAAAGGUCUCAAUGGGAUUCGGAAUACCAGGAAGGGGGGGAAGAGAAGUACAUCAAACAAAGGUAUAAUAAGAAAACGUGGAAAAACGAAAAAUUCUAAAUUACAUAAUAUAAAUGAGAAAAAUAACAAAAUGAAAACUGCUAAACGAGGUUUCAUCUCAAAAAAAGGAGAAGUAACUAAAGACGAAAAGAAGAUGAUAAUAAAAGGGAGCAAAAAAAAUUCUGUUGUUUUGAAGAGUGGUAACAAAAAUAAAGAGAAAUGUAAAUAUUCCUCUCAAAAUGAAGAACAAAACAACCCUAAAAGGAGGUACGCAUGGUUAUUUGAUAAAGUCAAAAAAAAAAAAAAAGACCAAACGUUUGGAAGUGACAGCGUAAGUAGUAAUGGUAGUAGUCGUCAUAGCGGUAGUGAAGAUCCAGGGGAUACACCAUCGAGUGAGGGGAAAAGGACAAAAUACAUAAAUCAGAAUACCAAAAAAAAAUUCGUUUUGUAUAAGAAAAGGAAAAAUAAGAAAAAAAAUAAGGUAAUUUUAAGUUGCUUUCAAAAUUUAGGAUUAAGUGAAAAAAUGUGCAGAAGCAUAUCGAGUAACUUAAAGUAUAACAGACCAACAGAUAUACAAAAAUUAUGUAUACCUAAAAUUUUAAAUAGAAAAGAUAUAAUAUGUAUAAGUAAAACAGGUUCAGGGAAAUCACUUGUAUACUUAAGUACAUUAAUAGAUUUACUAGGGGAACACAGUAAAUUUUUUGGCAUAAGAGGAGUAAUUAUAUUACCCACCAAAGAAUUGGUCAUACAGAUUUAUAAAUUGGCUAGAAAGAUAUGUAUGAAUUAUUUUAAUUUAAAGAUAAAUAUAAUUAUAGGUGGUGUUAGUCUAAUUAAACAAUUUGAUCUUUUAAAAGAAAAUCUAGAUAUAGUAAUAUGUACCCCAGGAAGGUUAAGUUUCAUUUUAGAAGAAACGAAAUUAAGUUUAGAAAAAGUAGAGAUAUUAAUUAUUGAUGAAGCAGAUAGAUUAUUAGAAUUAAAUUAUUACAAUGAUAUGAACAAUAUAUAUAAAAAUUUGCACACAUCUUUUAAACAAACAUUAUUAAUAAGUGCAACUUUACCAACUAAUGUUGAGAAUUAUUUCAGAUUAAAAUUAAAUAACCCAGAAGUUCUUUUUGUUAAUUCAGAUAAUGUUAUAAGUGACCAAUUAAAACUACAUUUUUUAUUUUGUAGAUCUUAUGAAAAAUAUGCUGUGCUUAUUAAAUUAAUUUUUUUAUGUAAAAAUAAAAAAUUAGGAAAAACGAUGAUAUUUUUUUGUACAAAAUAUCAUAUUUUAUUUUUUAGUAAAAUUUUUAAUUAUAUUAAAAUACCACAUGCUACCUUGUAUGGUAAUUCAGAUACAUCUUUUCGUAUUCAGCAAAUAAAUAAUUUUACAAGAAAUAACAACAUUCAAUUCUUGUUAGUAACAGACUUAGCUUCAAGAGGUAUUAACAUUACCACUGUUCAGAAUAUUAUUAAUUAUAAUUUACCUUAUUCUCCUAAAUUGUUUAUACACAGAGUUGGUAGAGCAUGCAGAAAUAAUUUAACAGGCUAUGGUAUAUCCUUGGUUACUUAUCAGGAUAUUUUAUAUGCCUACGAGAUUUGCUUUUUCAUAGGAAAAAAGUUGAAGUUCUACAGGGGCGACGGUCAGUGUCCCCUCGGUGGGGAGGACUUUGUGAACCAAAAAGAGACAAACGAAGUAGGCCUUAGUGAAGCAGAUGUAAUGGUUCCAGACAAGAAAGACACGGUAGGCUUUAGUGAGACGGUUGUAGUAGUCGCAGGAGAGACAGAUGUAACAGUCCCAUGCGAAACAGAUGUAGCAGUUCCAGGCGAAACAGAUGUAGCAGUUCCAGGCGAAACAGAUAUAAUAGGUCUUAGUGAGACAUAUUUAGUAGCCCCAGAUGAGACAGAUGUGGUAGUCCCAGAUGAGACGGAUGCGGUAGUCCCAGAUGAGACAGAUGCGGUAAUCCAGGGAGAGAGAGACGAAACAAAACCUGGGGAAGAGGACAACAAGAAUCAUGUCUACAUAGGGGCACUAAAUAACAUUGGCGAUUACAUCGAAUUUAUUGACAAUCUAAAAAAAGACGACAGCGAAUUGGUAUCACUAAAUAAAAGUAUGCAGGCAUCAUAUAAACUUUACUACUCUAUGAGACCGAAAGUUUCGAAAUAUGCAAGCACAAAAUGUGUCAACAAAAUUAAAAAAAUUGGAGGGUUGUACAAGUUAUGUUUGAUAUAUCACCCGGAUGAGCUUUAUAGAAAUACUUCGAACAAUGAGAACGAAUUAACUAACAAAUAUGAAAAUUCAACCAAUCUGACCCUUUUGAAGGGAGGUGGAAGUGUGUUCAAUAACUUGAUUAAGUUUCCAGAAAAUUAUAAUAAGCAGGAAAGUACGCAAGAAAUAAGUAAUAAUGAAAAUGAAAAUAAUGAAUAUGUAAGAGACAAGCUUUUGAAUGUACAGGGGGGAUCCCCUUCCCAUUACAGAGAAAGUGAAAAAAUGAACCACACUCAUAAAGAUGUUAUUUCAUUUUUGCACAAUUUUCAAAAUUCCAAAAGUAGUAAUAGCAAUAGAAAAAGCAAUAUUAGCAGUAAUGACAAAGCGAAAAGCAUAUCGGAAGUGGUUAAGGAAAAAUUAAACAAGCUAAAGGAAAAGACGAAAAGGUACAAAAACAGAAAAUACGAUUCGAUUUCAAAUGAUGUAAAUGAACUGAUGGACUCCUUUUCCUUUGGACUGUCGGCCGACGAAUGCGAUAAUGAAACUUCGGAAAAAUGGAAAAGUAAUAUACUAUUUAAUUGUGAAGAAAAAUAUGAUAUAAAUAAGGAAGAGAAAAAGAAAGGAAAACUAAGCAAAAGAGCACUAAAAAAAAUGUUGAAAGGACAGAAGGGAGAAGCAGUUAGUAACACUAUAGAGCAAGUAACCAGAAAAAAAGAAGAAAUUUCCUUAGAUGAUAUUUUAAAAAAAAUAAAUCAAAAAAAAAUGAAAACAGAUACAUCUGCUAUGUUUGACUUAAAAACUCCUGGUUUUGAUUUACUGCCCGAUGAAGAAGAUGAAUUGAAGAAGCAAAGAUUUAUUAAAAAACAGGUAUGGGAUAAAAAAAAAAAGAAAUUUGUUCUAAGAGAGAUAGAUACUUUUCAAGGAAAUGCAAUUACAAGUAUGGACAAAAACAAUGGAAAAAAAAUUAACGUAUCCACUGUCAACAAUAAUAAUAGUGUAAAGAGUAGUACUGCUGUGGGAAUUUAUCAAAAAUGGGUAAAGAGGACGAAAAAUAGAAUCAAUAAUAUUGGGGAGUUAGAAGAGGAUAAUAAAAUCAGAGAUCGCUUCAAAAGUAGACAAACAAAGAACAACGAAAAAAAUGAUAAAGAAAGGAAUAUAGAAAUGUUAGAGCUAACGCACCCAGAAAUUACAGAAUCGUUAUCUAAAAAUAUUAAACUAACUAAAAAACAACAAAGACUGUAUAAAAAAUACAUUACAGGAAAAUACGACACUUCGACAUCAAACAUUCUUAAUGCUCCUCAACUAAAGGAGAAAAAAAAAAAAAGCGUUUUACAAAAUAAAAUAAGAACAGAUAGGAAUUUUAGAGUGAAAUAUGUACGAGCUCGAAAGAAAAAACACGAGCGAAAAUUGAAGGAAAAAUAUAACUUAAAAAGUGCAAGGUCUAGGUCAUUAGCUAUUAUAAAAAAGAAAAAAAUAAGCAAAUGA